UACUGAUUCAAUUCUUGAAUUAAACUCACUGAGUCAGUGAUUCAUCAGUUUUCAAUUUAAGCCCCGUUCAAGCAGAAGAUGAUAAAUAUAGUUAUGUAAACAUCAUUCUGUAAGUGCAAAGGAACAGCAGAAUCCACACCAUAAUUAUAACGACAUGGAAGAUCAAUAUAGUUGGAAUCACUUUUCACAAUGAUGAUAGCCAUUCUGAAUCUAUUAUGCUUUCAAUAGUGUGAGCAUUUAAGGAAGUCGACAAAAUUAUGAACAGAAUGCACUGGUGUGGAUGCUAGUUUUGUUAUUGUUAUAAUUAACUCUUCUGGUUUGAACAGGCCUUCAUAGAUUAUUUUAGGGUAUGUUUUAUAAAAAUGUAAUUCCGCCUUGAAACAACAUGGAGGUGUCUAAAUGAUAGAAUUUCUUCCUUCACACAAUUCAAUUAGGUUGGAGUUGUUUUGAAUCUGAAAAGCUUUCCACUUACAGUGCAGCUUUUACUGAUUUCAUAUCAAGUGUGUGACCAAACGGCAAGAUUGACUGAAGCUUUAAAUCGGGUUUGGCACUUUAACACCACUGCUGUGGUUUAUUCAGAGUUUUCUUAAUGAAUCACUUACUCCGAGGGUCCAACGACUGCGAGAUUGAUAGUCACGGGGGUUGCCAUGGAGACAAGACCAGCAGCCUCCGAUCACAUUGACUGUUGAUGAUGGCCGUAAUUUAAAAUAACAAGCUUUCCUGUGUUGCACCGGAAGGAUGAUUGCCCCGAUUAUGAUGACAUCUCCACCAUGCUGUGAUCUCUUUCACAAUUAUCCAUCAGAUCCUGCGCUGUGUGGCAUUCCUCUGGCUCUAAUCUGUCUCAGUGGGUCACACGGACCCCUGCUUAACCAAUAUCAGCUCAGCGGGCAUAUUAACUAUAGAUGACGUCAGGCUUUGCUGCAUGUUAUUCACAAGGGCACAGCCGCCCUUCUUCAGAGAUACAUCACUAAGCUGCUACUGUUCCUGAGCCUCGCUGGCUAACUGUGCCAGAGUCUCUGGCUAUAUUUAGCGCUGCCUGUUUGGUUUUGGGUGCAGAUUAAUGUGGAGCGAUGAAAAUGGGAGCGAGGGAUAUCCGAACCUCUCUGUUGAUGGAUUUUAUGGAGGAGCCUGUAGCCUGUGAUGGGAGUUAAAGGUUUAUCCUGCUGGCAUUAAUUGCUUCCUGGUGGAUCUUUUGGUGUGAGUCUGCAUCUCCUCUGCAGAGAGACGGUCUUCAGGAGUGGGCUGCUGUUUGUACUUCGCUUGAGGUUGACUGUGAGAGCGAGAGCAAGGCAUUCUGGGAACCCCAGCCAGCCGUGGAUGUGGUUGAGUCUUCGCUAUCAGCAGCAGAAGAAAAGUUUAUCCAAUGCUGCCCCUCUGUAUACGGAAGCUUACCUCCAGAGGCAUCAUGAGUGGAUAACAGGUGUGUCCGGAGGCGGUGCAUAGGUCAACGGGUGGGAUCAUUGCAGUGAAUGGGCAGCUCUGAGUGGGAGGGAGGUGCUGUAAAUGAUGACCAGUCUUUUCCGCCGGAGUAAUGCGAACAGUAACCAUGGCAGUGGUACACGAGGGAGCGACGAUGGAUCACGAGAGCUCAAUAACAGAAGGCCUCCACAUCAGGUCCGGCGUUUGGAGUUUACCCAGGCUAUGGAUGACUUUAAGACGAUGUUCCCCAGCAUGAAGCAUGAGGUUAUCGAGUGUGUCUUGAGAGCCAACCAUGGUGCCGUCGACUCCACCAUUGACCAGCUACUGCAGAUGAGCCUGGACAGCAAGGCCACGGAUGACAGCUCGGAUUCUGAGGACAGCAUCCCUCCAGAGAUCCUGGAAAGAACACUGGAGCCGGACAGCUCAGAUGAGGAGCCUCCACCCGUCUACGCGCCGCCCUCCUACGACAUGCACAUCUAUGACAGAAAACAUCCUGCAGAUGUUCCAUCCACACCGCCACCCAGGUUCGAUGAUUAUCCCCCUCCUGGACAUCAGCAGGUCGGCAGACACAGGAACUGGAAUCCACCGUUACUAGGCAACCUCCCUGAUGACUUCCUGCGUAUCCUGCCUCAGCAGUCAGAAAGUCUUCAGCGUUCUCAGAGCAACCUGUCUCAGCCUUCCUCCUCCUCCUCUUCCUCACUUUCAUCCCUGACGCAGCUUUCAUCCAGCAGUAGUGCCCUGUCAGGUGGCGUUUGGUCAUCUGAACAGGACAGGAAGUUGAAACAAUACUUGGAGGAUGAGCGAAUAGCCCUUUUUCUGCAGAAUCAGGAGUUCAUGAAAGAGCUACAGCGUAACAGAGACUUCCUCAUAGCUCUGGAGAUAGAUCAUCAGAGGUGCGAGAAAGCACAGUGUGGUCAUUCAUCCGCUUGCACAGAGAACUCCGCCGAAGGUGAUAAUUGUGUCUCGGGGUCUGAGGAGGCCUGUUCAUCAGUCUCUGACGAUGCCUUAUUCCUGGAGAAACUCAAGCACAUGGGCAAAUCUACAAGGAAGAAGCUUUUUGAAAUUGCCAGAUCAUUCUCGGAGAAGACCAGAAGAAAGAAGUCCAAAAAGCGAGCUUUCUCCAAACACCAGUCUCAAGGCUCUGCAACCUCCAUCGUCAAUCUCCUGGAAGAAGUAGAGGGGCCGCCUUCGGCUGAGGAUGACAACAAACUUAAGAGACUUUCAGAAAGAGACGAAGGGGAGGAGUCAAAGGAAGUGAUGUCAUGAUGGAUGAAUCCUGGCCGGAGCUGCCGAUGUUGUCUGCUUUAGAGAGCUCUGAAGACUAAAGCGUCAUGAUGAUCGAGAUUUUACUCAUUAGUUUCCUGCAAUGCUUUAUUAAACCUGAACCAUAAAAUCAUCAAAGUUCUAUAUUGUUUGUAAUAUUCUGGUUCUACAGUCUAGUUUAGGACUGUCAUGUGGUGUAGCAGAUCUGGUGGUGUUUAGAAGAAUGCUGUGCUGGGCCUCGGGACUCAGAACAUCCACAAGCACAAAACCUCAUUGCUCAGCUUGAUAAGAAAAUCUGUGUUUAUCUCAGGAGUAAUUUUAAUGGCCUGGAGUCUAUAUACAGUUCCUUUGAUGUUUAUAGAUAAACCUCUUUUAAAUUCU